AAAACUGUGCAGCACCAUCCUGCCCAUUGGCCAAGCAAGGCUCCCGCCUAUGCCACCAAAAAAAGCACUGCAGCGCCCUGCGUGUGUGCGUGAGUGAGUGACCCUGCUGUGUAUGAUGGCAUCUAUAGGCCUAUGCUACCCCCCUUUGUGCUGCCUGUGCGGCCUUCUUUGCCUCCUUCCUGGCCCGUCUUUCCGCAGCCAUUCGUUUCCGCUUGGCUUCGUCCUGCUCGUGCCACACACGCGUUACCUCAUGGCAGAACUGACACCACACAAACCCAAAGUGCUCAAUGGGCGAUUCUCGCCGCAGCUGAGUGUGUUGACCACUCACCUCGUCGAAAUCUAUCUUUCCGUUUCUGUCUCUGUCGAACGCCCUGAAUCGCGCGUGCAUCUGCUUGUGUGUGAACGGGAUGCCCACAAGUCGAAAUGCCAUGAGUGCCUCGGUCUCGUCGAUGAAGCCGCUGCCGUCCGUGUCGAGCGACGUGAAGGCCCACGUGAGGAACCGCUGCCUCAGGAAGGGGAUUUUCCGGAACAUGUCCACGGGGUGCCGUGAGACCUCCAGGAUGGUCCACGUCGACACGCCCGAUGCGCCACCGACCGAGAAGAUCAGUGCGCCUAUCGGCCGAAAAGCCCACGAGAAGAGGGCUGACAGGCCACCUGCAGACGUGCAGAACACGCAUGUGCGUGGGUAGGUGAGUGGAUGGGUGCAUUGGGCCGGCGGGAACUCACCGAUGACUGUUGUUUUGAAGGCCAGGAUGACGACAUUGAUGAAGUGGACGAUGUUGUGGCCAAUCAUGUGGCUGAUGCUGUGCUCGACGCUCUUGUGCAGAAUCUUCUUCGUCCGGGAGUGCAGCUUGCUUGCCACGUACGCUCCUCCGGGCCAAGCCUUCGCACCCACGACAUCGCCCUCCUCGGACAGCUCAUCGCCCGACACAUCGACGGUGCCGCCGCCAUCACCACCACCACCGCCUCCUGCGCUGCUGCCGCCAUCUGCAUGACACACACAGUCAUCAGAUGGAGCCAUCUCCGCUCGUUUUUCUGUUAUCUUUCGCACCUGACAGAACGACAGAGCUGCCAGCAGCAGGACUGGCUCUCCGUCGGGUGCACGAUGGCCUCAGAAGGCGAGUCCGAUAUGGCGGAAGUGAUAUGAAGGAUGGUUGCCGGCAUCUGAGGAGGGCAAGUGAUGAGGCAGCGGCGAGGGCCGGCAGCAAUAGCACAAAGGCAAGCUGCAUGACGAGAUCUUUU